CAGCUGUUCAGCUCGGGCGUCGCGCCGGGAGCCCCGGCCGCAGGUGUAGGCGAGGGCGGCCCGAGGUCGUGUACUUCCUGCCCUUCCUCCGUGCGUCGCUGACAGUGCUAGACCCGAGUCCGUCUGACAAAGGGGGAAACUGAGGCCGGGGAGUGGGAGGCGUGAUUAAGUGCUGGGUGGCGCCGCCGCCUCGUCCUAGGCGUGUUUCCCUCGCCCUUCUGCCCCUGCUCUAUCCUGGCGGCUGCCUGGAGGAGGAGGAGAAGGAGGAGCAGCAGCAGCAGCACCACGGGUCGUGGAGGAGGGGCCAGGGCAGCCCGCUGGAGCCCGGGCACUAGGGUCUGGGACAAAAGGCCAGGAGCUCGGAGGACACUCAGCUGGGCGGCAGCAAGGUCUGGAGCAACCCCAUGGAAAAUAAACAGAUCCUGUGUGUGGGACUGGUGGUGCUGGACAUCAUCAACGUGGUGGACAAGUACCCGGAGGAGGACGAGGACAGCAGAUGUUUGUCCCAGCGAUGGCAGCGUGGCGGCAACGCUUCCAACUCCUGCACUGUCCUCUCCCUGCUCGGAGCACCCUGCGCCUUCAUGGGCUCGCUGGCCCCCGGCCACGUGGCUGAUUUUGUCCUGGAAGACCUGCGCCGCUAUUCUGUGGACCUGCAAUACGUGGUCCAUCAGACCACGGGCUCUGUCCCCAUCUCCACCGUCAUCAUCAAUGAGGCCAGCGGCAGCCGCACCAUCCUGCACGCUCACAGUUUCCUGGUGGCUGAUUUUAGGCGGCGGGGAGUGGACGUGUCUCAGGUGGCCUGGCAGAGCCGGGGGGAGACCCCGUGUUCUUGCUGCAUCGUCAACAACUCCAAUGGCUCGCGCACCAUUGUGCUCUACGACACGAACCUGCCGGAUGUGUCUGCCACAGACUUCGCAAAGGUUGAUCUGACUCGCUUCAAGUGGAUCCACAUUGAGGGCCGGAACGCGGCCGAGCAGGUGAAGAUGCUGCAGCGAAUUGAACAGCACAAUGCCCAGCAGCCUCUGGCCCAGAGGAUCCGGGUGUCCGUGGAGGUGGAGAAGACCCGCGAGGAGCUCUUCCAGCUGUUUGGCUACGGAGACGUGGUGUUUGUCAGCAAAGACGUGGCCAAGUACCUGGGCUUCGGGUCCGCAGAGGAGGCCCUGAAGGGCUUGUACGGCCGCGUGCGGAAAGGGGCGACGCUGAUCUGCGCCUGGGCGGAGCAGGGCGCCAGCGCGCUGGGCCCCGACGGGAAGCUGCUGCACUCGGACGCUUUCCCGCCGCCGCGGGUGGUGGACACGCUGGGCGCGGGGGACACCUUCAACGCGGCCGUCAUCUUCAGCCUGGCGCAGGGGAAGAGCGUGCAGGAGGCGCUGCGGUUCGGCUGCCAGGUGGCCGGCAAGAAGUGUGGCCUGCAGGGCUACGACGGCAUCGUGUGAGCGACCCUCGGCGAGGCUGGCGUCACUGGCCUGCACGGGGCAGGUGCGGGCUGCGGGCCGCCCGUUCUGCCACCUGGCCCUGCUGUGCUGUGGCAGAGCAAAUAAACCGCCUCCCCACCCUCCCGUUUCCUCUCCACGUGUUGGCAU